ACAAACCAGUCGAGCGGUGGAAAAAGUGAUUCGGGAAAAUCGCAAUUGCUUUAUUCGCUCAUGAGAGUAGGAGGUUCUCCCUCAACUCUGAAGCGGAGGAGACUCACCCCGAUUGAUCCGAUGGAGGACGAAGCAGCCAAGAUUAAGCUUGAAGCUGCAAAGCAAAAAUAUGGACGAGAAAUUCGUGUGUUUGAAACCUUAGCUGCUUCUCCAACGUCCAUGGACGUGCCCAGUAGUGAGGAGCGGGAUGACUUCUAUGAGUUCACUGCAGAGGAUUAUUACCGGGUUUUGGCUACCAAAAAGGAAGAUAAAUUCUUGAAGACAAGAAAAAUUCGAGAAGCAGAAGAGGCUGCUCGCAGAUCAAGGAUAACUAAGGCUGUGAUUAGAGUACGUUUCCCUGAUAAUUGCACAUUGGAGGCCACAUUUCAUCCAUCAGAGACUAUCCAGAGCUUAGUUGAUCUUCUUAAGAAAGUAAUUGCCCAACCAGAACUGCCAUUUUAUAUAUAUACAACUCCUCCGAAAAAGCACGUAAAGGACAUGUCACAGGAUUUUUACUCUGCUGGCUUUAUCCCUGGAGCAAUUGUUUAUUUCUCUUAUGACCUACCAAACGGAGGCAAUGGUCCCACCGUAUCAGGUUCAUACCUAAAAGAGGAUGUCUCUUCUUUGAAAGGUUUGGAACUCAUCCCUGAACAACAGGAGCCAGUUGAAGCUGCCCUGGAACCUGCAGCGGCCAAUUCCUCCCCCGCAGUCCCGGAGAGAAAGCCUGCUGACAAGAAACCUGCUAAGCCAAAGUGGCUUAAACUCUGACUUGCUUCUUCCACAUGUUAGCUCUUAUUUUCCCUUUUGCAUCUUUGGAUCCAUUGUGUGUUGUACCGUUGUUCCAUCUCCUACGCUUACGAUUCUUAGUUUUUCGUUCUCUCUCCUUUUUUUGGCUGUCCUAGGUAAGAGUUCGACAUAGAAUCGCGGUAGUCGCACUCAUACAAGAUAGCUGGUGUGGGAGUCAAAAGCUCAAUGCCUAUCAAGAGGGGAUUGUUCUUAUAGCCAUAGUUUUGUGGUGUUCAAGAUCCCAUUCCCUUAUUUUUAAGUUAAGGAGUAUUACGGGUGUUGUAUGCACUGAUCUUUCUGAUAAUUAUCCUAUCAUGUACUUGCUGGAUAUUUUGCAUACUAAUGGGUAUACACUAGUUUUCAGUCUCUAAA